CAGGGACAGUGAGAAAAGGGCUCCCAUCUGACACUUGUUAGAAGAGAGAUUGAAAUACUCGUAAUAUCAGCUGCCCCUGUUCUACUUCUCCGAAAAAGGAAAUAUGCGUCAUGAGAAAACAAAGAACCUGGGGCAGAUGCACUGCAUCGUGAGUGCUUCGUGGGGCCGCCCCUUGGAACGGCCCAAUCGAUCACCUUUCUUCUUGGAUCAUCGCUAUGUGCGACUGUCGUUUCCCGAACAGGAAGCUCCCUCUUCGAAGAAGCGCCUGCGUGCCGCCUUUUCGCCGAAUCCCCCGUGCGCGUAG